AUGUCUUCAAAGCCCAAACCACCCCCGUCAGAUCUUCCAACAUAUUCCUUCCGCACAGCCAAGGACCUAGAAUCUUUUCUCGAGCGCGAGCAUACUACCGCACCAGGAUUCCACCUCAAACUCGCCAAAAAAGCCUCCGGCAUCACCUCCGUAUCUGCCGCCGAAGCAGUGGAAACGGCACUAUGCUUCGGCUGGAUCGACGGCCGCGCUAACGCAUACGACGCGGACUGGUGGUUGGUGCGGUAUACACCGCGAAGAGCGAAGAGUAUCUGGUCCCAGAAGAAUGUGAAUACAGUCUCGCAGCUACUCAAAAAUGGCCGCAUGAGACCCGCUGGUCUGGCAGCCGUCGAAGCUGCGAAGGCUGAUGGUCACUGGGACCGCGCGUACCCCAGUCCUGCGACUAUGACCGUUCCUAAGGAUUUCAAGACCGCUCUUGCGGCGGAGCCUGCUGCUGAGAAGCUUUUCGGGACAUUGAAUAAAAGUGAGCGAUAUUCUAUGCUACAUCGCGUGCAGACGGCUUCUCCGACGGCGAGGGCGAAGCGGAUCGAGGCAUUGGUGCUGAUGCUUGCUGAGGGGAAGAAAUCUGCUACUUCGGCUGGGAAGCGAAAAUCUGCUGAGGGUGAUGAUAUCGGUGCUCAAGGCAAGGUUGUUGGAAAGGGAAAGGAGAGAAGACGAUGA